AUGGCGACCACCACCAACGGCCACACCCUCCCCGCCCCAACCAACGGCACAGGCGGCAAAGGCCCCGUCGCCAACACCACCCUCAAAGGCCCCGCCCGCUUCGACCCAACCUUCACGCAAAAAGUCAUCGAAUCCAUGGGCCCGAAAACCUCGCCGCGAAUGCGAGAGGUCAUGUCCGCGUUGAUCCCACAUUUGCACGACUUCGCGAGGGAAGUCGAACUCACGGUGGACGAGUGGAUGGCGGGCGUGCAGUUGAUCAACUGGGCGGGGAAGAUGAGCGAUGAGAGGCGGAAUGAGGGGCAGUUGAUGUGUGAUGUUGUUGGGUUGGAGUCACUUGUUGAUGAGAUUACAUAUAAGAAAGCCAGCGAGGCUGCUGAUACAGCGACGCAAUCCGCGAUCUUGGGGCCUUUCUUCCAGAACGAUAAUCCGACUUUGGAGAAGGGCGCUUCGAUUUAUCGGACCAAGGCCGAGAAGGCGGAGGUGGUGUACAUGUAUGGCCGGGUGGUGGAUAACAAGACCGGAAAGCUAUUGGCGAAUGCAACGAUUGAUGUUUGGCAGGCGUCGACGAAUGGUCUCUAUCAACAGCAAGAUAAAGACCAGCAUGUCCACAACCUGCGUGGCAAAUUUGUCACGGAUGAGAGCGGCGAGUACGCUUGUUACUGCAUCCGACCGACCCCUUACCCUGUGCCAUAUGAUGGCCCCGCUGGAAAGCUCCUCCAACUGAUGGACAAGCAUCCAUACAGACCAGCUCAUAUCCAUUUGAUCGUCCUCAAAGAAGGCUACGAACCCAUCACCACACAGAUCUUCGACCACGAAAGCGACUAUCUCGACAACGACUCCGUCUUCGCCGUCAAAGACUCAUUGGUCGUCAAAUUCGUGCCGAGGAAGAACGAUCAACAGGCGAAGCUGGAGCUGGCAUAUGAUAUCCAGAUGGCACCUGUUGAUCCAUCGAGGAAAGCGCAGCUGUGA